AUAGUAAGAAAAAAAAUGGGUUCAUUUUCUGUAUUGUAUAUGUUGGGCUUAUCACUCAUUAUGAUGGGUCACAUUGCACAUGCCCAAGACUUAGAAUCAGAUGCAGACUAUGUUAACGCACACAACAUAGCAAGAUCUAAUGUUAGUACUAGGGUUCCACUUCCAAAUGUGGUUUGGGAUGAUUAUCUUGGUCAUUUUGCACGUGUCUAUGCCUAUCAACGCACGGAUUGUAAAUUGAUACACUCCGGUGAUAAUAGUUUCGGCGAGAAUAUCUUUGUGAGCGAUCGCGACAUUAAUGGCACGGACGCAGUGAAAUUGUGGGUGAAUCAGAAACGAUAUUAUGAUUCAUCUCGUAACAAAUGUGUUGGUGGUGAAUGUCACCAAUAUACUCAAAUUGUUUGGAGAAAAUCAGUAAGUAUUGGAUGUUACAAAGUAAAAUGUAAAAAUGGAGGCACAUUUGUUAUUUGCUAUUAUGCUCCCCGUGGCAACAUUUUGGGCGAAACACCAUACUAACUCAUUUCCCUAAUUGAUACCAGCCUCCCCCUCCCUCUUUCUUUCUUUUUCUUUUUCUUUUCUCUCUCCUUUUUAAAAUUAGGUUUAUUAUGUAUUUUUUUUUUUACAAAAAGGGAGUUUGGGCUUCAAGCCCAACUUCUUUUAUAAUGUAGUCCUUUUUUUUUGUUGUUGAUAGAUUCAUUAUUAUUAUUC